GGAGCGGACAGUCUGAUCCAGGCGAGCACACGGGCUGCGGAGGCUGACACGCGCUCACGGCGCACACUCAAGAAAACUAAAGUUUUGGAAGUGCUGAUUGACAGCUAACCGUGUUUUUUUUUUCCUCCUCAAGAGGGGAAUGAAUCUCCUUUCACUGGAAAUUGUUUGCACCAUAACCGGUUUUGAGGCGGCAGCGAGGCGCGGCGGCGGCGGAUGGGAACGCAGAGCAGCGGCAGCAGCGCCAAACUCACAAUGCGCCCGGAGUGAACGGAGGCGAGGAGACAAUACGGACCCGCGGGCGCGCUGAGGAGCUCCGAUCCCCGCGUUUUCCCCGGCGAGACCUCCCCCAGAGCGGCACCUCCCUCGCCCGCGACGGCUUUAUUGAUUGAUCGGGACGACACUGACUUCGCAGCGAGGGCGAGCGGUCUGAUCCCCGAACUCAGCCAUGACGUCUCCGGCGAAAUUCCGAAAGGACAAGGAGAUCGUGGCGGAAUAUGAGGCUCAAGUUAAAGAGGUCCGUGCUCAGCUGGUGGAGCAGCUCAAGUGUCUGGACCAGCAGUGCGAGCUGAGGGUGCAGCUGCUCCAGGACCUGCAGGACUUCUUCAGGAAGAAAGCAGAGAUUGAGAUGGACUACAGCCGCAACUUGGAGAAGCUCGGCGAGAGGUUCCUGACCAAGACGCGCAGCACCAAGGACCAUCUACUGAAGAAGGAGCAGAGCAUUUUGUCUCCUGUGAGCUGUUGGAACCUCUUACUGCUUCAGGUGAAGAGGGAGAGUCGAGACCACGCCACCCUGUCUGACCUCUACCUCAACAACAUCAUUCCCCGCUUUGCACAGAUCAGCGAGGACUCGGGGCGCCUCUUCAAGAAGAGCAAAGAGGUUGGCGUACAGCUGCAAGAAGAUCUGAUGAAAGUCCUUAAUGAGCUCUACACGGUGAUGAAGACAUACCACAUGUACAACACCGACAGCAUCAAUGCCGAGUCCAAGCUGAAGGAGGCGGAGAAGCAGGAGGAGAAGCAGAUGGGACGCUCCGGUCGACAGGACGACCGGCAGACGCCGCGCUCCCCCGAUGCCCUGGCCAGCAUCAAGACUGAUGAGAAACCAGUGCGACGCUCCAGUGUCAAGAAAAUCGAGAAAAUGAAGGAGAAGAGACAAGCAAAGUACACGGAGAACAAGCUGAAGGCCAUCAAGGCCCGGAACGAGUAUCUGCUGGCCCUCGAGGCGACCAACAGCUGCGUCUUCAAAUAUUACAUCCACGACCUCUCCGACAUUAUUGACUGCUGUGACCUGGGCUACCACGCCAGCUUGCAGCGUGCCCUGAGGACCUACCUGUCUGCCGAGCAGAACGUGGAAACGUCCAGACACACGGGCCUGGAGACGCUGGAGGGAGCCACCGAAAGUCUGGAGCCCAAUGGAGACAAACAAAAGCUGAUGGAGACGUACAACAACGUCUUCUGUCCCCCCGCUCGCUUCGACUUUCAGUCCCACAUGGGAGACACGAUGGGAGUGGUGUGUGCACAGCAGGCGCUGGAGAGCGACCUGCACCAGAGGUGUCAGCAGCUCAAGUCCCGCCUCUCCACGCUCACCAUCGAGAACGAAGAGGUGAAGAAGACCAUGGAGGCCACGCUUUCCACCAUCCAAGACAUGGUGACGGUGGAGGACUACGACGUCUCCGAGUGCUUUCACCACAGCAACAGCAUGGAGUCGGUCAAGUCCACCUUCAGUGAGUCCUAUCUCAGCAAGCCCAGCCUGGCCAAGCGACGGGCCAAUCAGCAGGAGACUGAGCAGUUUUACUUCACGAAGCAGAAGGAGUUUUUGGAGGGUCGCAGCCUGAUCACAAAGCUGAAGGCCAAGCAUGACCUCAUCCAGAAGACCCUUGGAGAGAGUCAGAAAACCGACUGUUGCCUUGCCAGUGGAGGGAGAAACUUGACAGAACGGAAGCAGGACUCGAGCGAGGCCAUUCCUCUUAUAGCCGAGAGCUGCAUCCGCUUCAUCAGUCGCCAUGGUCUGCAGCAUGAAGGCAUCUUCAGAGUGUCGGGAUCUCAGGUGGAAGUUAAUGACAUCAAGAACGCUUUCGAGAGAGGUGAGGACCCGUUGGCUGUGGACCAGAAUGACCACGACAUGGACUCUAUUGCUGGUGUUUUGAAGCUCUACUUCAGGGGACUGGACCAUGCCCUGUUCCCCAAGGAAGUCUUCCAUGACCUCAUAUCCUGUGUGUCCAUGGAAAGCCUCCAGGAGCGAGCAGCCCACAUUAAGAAAAUUCUGCAACCGCUUCCAAGUAAAACCCUCAUCAUAAUGAGAUAUCUGUUCGCCUUCCUCAACCACCUGUCUAACUACAGCGAAGAGAACAUGAUGGACCCCUACAACCUGGCCAUCUGCUUUGGUCCCACUCUGAUGUCUGUGCCUGAUGGCCACGACCAGGUCUCCUGCCAGGCCCACGUCAACGAACUCAUCAAGACCAUCAUCAUCCACCAUGACACCAUUUUCCCCGGACUGCAGGAGCUGCAUGGUCCUAUCUACACCAUCCCUGGAGCAGGAGAUGACUUUUGCGGACUGCACACCGACGGUCCACACUGCGAGCCCCCCGUCGUGGAAGCGCCGGCACCUGAAACGGCCUCCGUGAGCCAGAACAACAGCGAAGAUGGCUCCUUGGCUGUUUCAGAGUCAGACCCCAUAGAAGCCGUCGCUCGGUUCGACUACACCGGACGGACGAACCGGGAGCUGUCGUUCAAGAAGGGAGCCUCUCUGCUUUUGUACCAGCGGGCCUCUGAUGACUGGUGGGAGGGAAGGCACAACGGAAUGGAUGGACUUGUGCCACACCAGUACAUUGUUGUCCAAGACGUGCCUGAUGGCGGUCGGGGAAGUCCGAAGCCUGAUGUUGACUCCAGGGACCUGUUGGAGGAGAGGGUGUCCACUAGAGGCAGCGCUGCUUCUCCUACUGGGGCUCAUGUGGCUGACAUCUACCUAGCCAACUUGAACAAGUUGAGAAAACGCCCAGAGUCCACAAGCAUCCGGAGAACAUUCAGGAGCUCGGAGAGUGACAGCACCAGUCCGGGGGCCAGUGGAGGAGCGGGGGUGAGAACCGCUUCGCUUCCUGUUGGCGGAGCUCUAGUGAAGGAAACCGGGGACAAGCGGCCUGUCAGUGCCCACAGCAUUCUCAACUCGGUCACCCGUCACUCCUCUCUCAAGACCAAGGUGGAGAGUCCACAGUUGAGGAAGACAACAACAGCGGGCCGCUCCAAGAGCUUCAGUAACCACAGACCACUGGACCCUGAGUUGAUCGCUCAGGUGGAGCAUGGCUCACAGGAUAUGGAGGUGUCCAUGAGCUCCACCAUGCACGAGAUCAGCAAGUUCGACAGACAGAGCACCUCCAAACAUACACACGCCCCUGAUGUGGUCCUGGACACGCUGGAGCAGCUGAAAGGCGUGGGCGGCGGUGGAGGCGCCUCGGAGCCCUCCAGCCCGCUCCACUCCCGUCUUUUGCGGGACGGUGAAGGUGGGACCUCACAUGGCCACCCGCUGCAGCGCAGCGCCUCCUCCGCCAGCGACGUACCCUCCUCCUUCCGCCCUGCCAAGAGCCAGCCCCGGAGCCCCCUGCCCUCCACCACAUCCCCAUCCUUGUCCUCCUCCGCCCUCUCUUCCUCUGUACCUUCCUUUAGGGAGCUGCGCCCGCCUGCGACCAGGCCCAAGCCGGUGGUGUUCCCCAAGGGCGGAGGAGGAGGCAGUCCGGCAAUGGGCUCCCCUACCUCCACUGUUCCACCUACACCUCCUCCUCCAUCUGCAAGCCACACACACUCUCUCCCUCACGCUCCCCCUCCUCCACCUUCACCCCAGUCUAACGACAAAUCUUGUCCUGCUUAGAUCACCUUGAUCGGCACAGUACUGAUCCUUACAAACUUUUAGAUUCCUACAGCUCGUCUACCAGGUGCAGGAAGCACUUCUUUACUUCACACAUGACCCCCCUAACCCACUACCCGCGUGUAGCAUUCACCUCUUGGUGUCCAGGCUUUUUCCAGUUUUUCCUUAGAGUGUAUUUUGCUCUCUCCUGGCAGCUCAGAUUACUACAGGUCAACCAUCAUAGGGCGCAAACAGCCUUAAGGCCCCUCAAAGAUGCAUCUCCUCUUUGCCACCGGAGAGAUUCCAGGAAUCACUGGAUUUUAAAAUCUUGUACAAGGGAACAGGACUCAGGAAGGGCGCCUACACCCCAGGAGUGCCGGGAGCUUAAAUACUCAAGUUUGCAAUGUUUGAAAUGGUGUUUGAGUGAGCGUGCAUCAAGAGUUUAACUUGCCUUUUCAACUUAGGUGUAAGUGAGGAAACAAAGACGCACCAUUUGAUUUUGUACAGUAGACAUGACUGUUUUCUUUUUGAUGACACCAUGACUAAAAGACUGUAGAUGAGUGUUUGAUUUCUGAGAAUAGACUGUGAAACACUAGGGUUUUGCUCUUUGUAGAAGUGAAAUGCGCCGACUUGCCGCCUCAGAAGUGGAUGACUUCUGAGAGAAAGGUGGACUUUUAGGAUGAUGAAAGAAAACUGGGCCAAAUCUCAGAGCAAGUCUUGUGAUCAAGAGCAUAACUUUAUCUCUUUCUCCAGUGUUUGAUAUGUUGGUGGGUUUUUUUCCUUUUAAAAUACUGUUCAGUACUGCAAGCUGGAGCGCAACGGGUGCAGUGUUCUCCAAUACACCUGACUUGGAUACGAGUCAUUCUAAAUCCAGAUAUAGCAAUAAAACAAUGAGAACUGGUGGUUUGAGGCAUUAUGCUGCUUCGUGCUUGCAGCUGUAGUACGUGUGUGUAGGGGACCACUGAAACACUGCAUUUUUAUAUGUUGGAUUGUACUCGCGCACACAAACACACACACAUCUUUUGAGAUCUGUGUGUGGCGGUGUUUUGUGGCAGCUAAACACCUUACAGGUUUUCCUUGCAUGCUGGGGCCAUAGACAGCAGCCACAUCAGCCGCUUGGCUGAUUGCAUUGGUUUAUGUAUGUGCAGUACCAUCUAUAAGACUACUUCGAACACCUUGCUCCUUUAACUGUAUAUGUCACUUAACAGAACAAUAGGUCUUAUUAUUCUCACGGUGUGUAUGUAUGUUUAUUAUACAUGAUGAUAACUGGAAGCCUGGAGCUGAUGAUCCUCCUGAGUGUGUUUAGAGAGAAGCACAACCAAACACCUCAUCCAAUGCGCUCUUAAGCAAAGCCUGCUUUUAUUAUUACCUUUUCCUCGGUUGUUUAUUAAUGCUCCAAGUCUGUUUUGGUGAAAUGUGCAACUGUGUAGCUGUCUGGGUGUGUGCUUGUGUGAGCAUGCGUGGAAGUAGAUUAUGUAUGCACCUCACGCCCCCUGCACACCCAUCAAGAAAGGGAAACCCAUCCAACAUCAACAGUUGUCUGACACACACACACACACACACACACACACACACACACACACACACACACACACACACACACACACACACACACACACAGGAAAGCCCUUCUCCCUCAUUUGGGGUGCCAGCAGCCGGAGUGCUGAAUAAUUAUGCACUGUGUACAUGUAACCUGAAAAAAAAAACCUGCAGGGAUCCAAGAAAUGUCUUGUCUUCAGUCGCUGCUGUAACAGCACCAGUGACAGUCCAGCUUUAAGUAGCAAGAGGUUGAGAAACCAAAUGUUAAAGACUUAAAGUGAGACAAACUCUUUUUAUACUGUAUGUGUAAUUUUGCAAAAUUAGAUGACAUAAUUAAGAAACGUAAAUAAUUUUGCAAACACUGACUCUGGAGACAUGCGGUUCAGGAUGAACUGAAUCUAGCCUUUUUGAAAUAGUAUUUCAUUCUUGAAAAAGUAUUGAACUUACUUUACCCACGUUGUCAUAAUGUCCUCUUUUAUCACAUGUUCCCCUUUUGUCUACAACACAACACACACUGCAUUCCCAUAUGUUCUCUACCAGGUAAUGAGUUGUGUUUUAUUCUUUAUGUCCAUAUACUGUUUUGUAUUUGUGUUGCUCUUACCUCAUUACAACAACUGGAGGGGCCGUGACUGUGGGAGUGUUUGUGGUGAGAGAUGAACUCAACUUGUCGACAUGUACACUUUGACACAUACAGACAUGCAUGUGGGCGGUUGGGGUGCUGCGUUCCAGCUGUGCAGGUGGGACCCUCUUCCGUCUCCAAUCAAUCAUCAUGCACUUGAACAACUUGGUUUGCGUGUGGACUAACUGUGUGGGGAUCAUUUGUUGAAAUUGUUAAAUAUGCAUUUUUGUGUCGAUUUGAAAACUGCAGAACUAAAAAAAGACUGUAAUGUCAAAUCUAUUUAUAGUUGUCUCUGUAUUACUGGAGAAUCCUGUGUUCAGAUGUGCUUUGUACAUACAAUGUUGUACAUUACAGAGGUACACUCUUUUUUUGGUACAGUAUUGUACAGUAAUAGCAAUAGUAGUUUAAUCAAAUAGGUCUUAUAUAAUUCUGUGUAGUACUUGUAGUAGAUCUGUUUUUAAUAAACAUUGCUUGCUAUAAA